CCACAUCCCCCCACAGUCCCUGCGGUGCCCAGGGGGUCCCUGGGGAGUCUGGCCACCAUGGAGCUCCUGUCACCGCUGCUGGUGCUGCUGGCUGGGAGCCUGGCCACCAGCAUCCACCUGCACUGGUGGGAACGUGGCGGUACCACCAAGGAGAUCGCACUGAACAUGGCCCCCAACUCCUUCGAUGACCGGUACCUGCGCUGCCACUUCAAAAUGCUGAGGGCGCUGCCGGCGCUCAACCGCAGCGAGUUUGUUCCCUACGGCGACUACGCCGAGGCCUGGAACAGGGCCGUGGCCACCUGGGCCAGCCGGGCCCACGAGGAGUCCCCGCUGCAGCCGGAGCAGGCCAUCGCCCUCCUGGCCUACACCAUGGAGGAGGGCCUGUACCUGGAGUUCAACAGGGCCGUGCGCACGGCCGGGCGCUCCCGACGGGAGUACCUGGACACCUUCCACUUCAAGGUGCUGCAUUACCUGCUGACCGAGGCCCUGAGCGACCUGCGGGGUGCCCAGAGCCACCCCCGCUGCCUGCACGUGUACCGGGGUGUCGACGGCAUCCGCUUCACCACCGGGCUCGGCCAGAUCGUCCGCUUCGGCCAGUUCGCCUCCACCUCCCUGCUGCAAAACGUCAGCGAGUCCUACGGCAUCACAACCACCUUCGAGGUGGACACCUGCCACGGUGCCGACAUCCGCAACUUCUCCAACUACCCCGAGGAGCAGGAGGUGCUCAUCCCACCCUUUGAGACCUUCAAGGUCACCAAUAUCACCCGCCAAGGGGACGACAUCUACAUCCACCUCCGCUCCCACGGUGUGCACAGCAAAUACAACUGUGCCUUGUUCCAAGGCAGAAGCGUCCCCAGAGACCCCCCAGGCCUCACUGGGCUCCUCCUGGCAGCACUGGCAGCUGUCACUGGCACCCCCUGAGCCACAAGACCACCGUGCCUGGUGAAGAGAAGGUGUCAGGGAUGGAACCACUGGUGUCACCAGAACUGGCUGGGAACGCAGAGAGGCCCCCACAGGCUGGACAGGACAAGCCCUGUGGCCACCCUCCCUGAGCCAUGGCUGGGGUGUCAGGGUACAGCUUCAUGGGCUGGGGGGGAGAAGCACAGUGGGGAUUUUCUUCUCAUUUUGGUUUCUUUUCUCCCU